CUUCUUUGUCUGAUGGUCACCACGUCUCGUGUAAACCAAGCCGCUGUGCUCUUCACUCUGCUGCUGGUUUUGUGUCGUGUCCUUACAGCGCCUCCACAUUUAUGUUUAGAGCUGACAGUUCCAGAGUGUCAUUCUCUGUCUGAUGGUCAUGAUGUUCAGCCAAAACCAAGCAGCUCUGCUCCUCAUUGUGCUGCUAGCGCACCGUGUCUUUGCAGAUAUCCUAGUAACUGACCACAGGGAUAUGCUGGUAUCCAGAGGAGACUCAGUCACGUUCCACUGCAACGUAUCCACAGAAAAUGCUUCGGAAAUUACCUGGAACUUUAAAAGAUUCAUUUAUAAACAUUCUGUCUUGAUAAAUCAGACUUUUUCAAAUGUAUCCUCUCACAGACUGAAAAUAGAUCUUUUAAAGUUAAAUAUUUUCAGUGCUCAACCUGAAGAUGCAGGACUUUAUUCAUGUAGUGUAACUUCCAGACGAGGCUUAAACAGUGUUUCCUGGAAUUUAACUGUGUCUGAGGACAUUGAAGUAGCUGAUAUGCUGAUAUCGAGAGGAGACUCAGUCCGGUUCCACUGCAACGUAUCCACAGAAAAUGCUUCGGAAAUUACCUGGAACUUUAAAAGAUUCAUUUAUAAACAUUCUGUCUUGAUAAAUCAGACUUUUUCAAAUGUAUCCUCUCACAGACUGAAAAUAGAUCUUUUAAAGUUAAAUAUUUUCAGUGCUCAACCUGAAGAUGCAGGACUUUAUUCAUGUAGUGUAACUUCCAGACGAGGCUUAAACAGUGUUUCCUGGAAUUUAACUGUGUCUGAGGACAUUGAAGUAGCUGAUAUGCUGAUAUCGAGAGGAGACUCAGUCCGGUUCCACUGCAACAUAUCCAGAGAAAAUGCUUCGGAAAUUACCUGGAACUUUAAAAGCUUCAUUUAUACACAUUCUAUCUUGAUAAAUCAGACUUUUUCAAAUGUAUCCUCUCACAGACUGAGAAUAGAUCCUUUAAAGUUAAAUAUUUUCAGUGCUCAACCUGAAGAUGCAGGACUUUAUUCAUGUAGUGUAACUUCCAGACGAGGCUUAAACAGUGUUUCCUGGAAUUUAACUGUGUCUGAUGACAUUGAAGAAACCAGUUCAUCGUGGCAUUUACUAUACAUACUCUUACGUGGAACUUUAUUGCUUCUAUGUGGCAUCGUAUCAGCCGUCUGCCUCUGGAGAAGAUGUCGGGCCAGGACCCCAAACUCUGUGUGAGAGCAGGAUCCUGAGCCAGGCUCAGUAUCAAGGUCUAUUGGGAGGAGAGGUGGCCCCUCCUCAACCCCACAGACGUGCAGUGUAUAGACCAAUCAUGAGCUCUGAGAGACUCCUGUAAACCUGUCGAGUCCACUGAGCUGACAAGCACAAAGUACAAGACAAAGAAAGUAUUUCAUUACAUGUGAAAAUGAUGCAUCUGUGCAAAGUUCUUGCAAUAAGGAAAAGUACCAAAGUGUAGCUUAUAUUUUUAAAUGUUUAAUCUAUUUUUUCUUGCAUGCAGAUCAUCUGUCUUUGAAUUUUAUGCUCUUCAUGUUUUGUUUAUUUCAUUUUCCAGUAGAUGUCGCUAAUAACUCAAAUGUGUCACGGUUCUGUGUUUUGAAUAUUUCUUGUGACCCUGUUCGGUUUUCUUUGUGUUUCCUGUCCUUCUUGUGUGUUUCUUGUUUUGCGUCAUUUCCUGUAUUUUUACACUCUUUGGAUGUUGGAUUAGUUUCUUGUUGUGACAUGCACCUGGAUUCUGAUGAUAUAAAAGUGCUUCUUCAAAGAAAAUCAGAAGAGUGGAGAGCAGACUGAGAGGCAGAAGAAACAAGAACACAUUAAGAAACCAGAAACUACAGUCUUCAUGUUAAGGGUUACAGUUGUAAUGUUGUUAUAAUGUAAAUAAAGUUAACUCAAAGCUAA